GGGUUCAGGGGCAAGAUGGGCAAGGCAUUUCUACUAACUCUUCUUAAGGACCCUGGACAGUGCCCUAUGCUACGAGACUGGUGUUUCAUCUUGACGAGUUCUCUGUCAGUCCAUAGGAAAGCUGUCUGGCUUGGAGGUUGCAAUCCCAGGGAAUUUUUCAUCAGCGGGGAAGUCUCCAUCACUACAGAGGAAUCAAGGGAGAAGUCAGUCCCUGACUGGUGUUUCAUCUUGACGAGUUCUCUGUCAGUCCAUAGGAAAGCUGUCUGGCUUGGAGGUUGCAAUCCCAGGGAAUUUUUCAUCAGCGGGGAAGUCUCCAUCACUACAGAGGAAUCAAGGGAGAAGUCAGUCCCUGACUGGUGUUUCAUCUUGACGAGUUCUCUGUCAGUCCGUAGGAAAGCUGUCUGGCUUGGAGGUUGCAAUCCCAGGGAAUUUUUCAUCAGCGGGGAAGUCUCCAUCACUACAGAGGAAUCAAGGGAGAAGUCAGUCCCUGACUGGUGUUUCAUCUUGACGAGUUCUCUGUCAGUCCAUAGGAAAGCUGUCUGGCUUGGAGGUUGCAAUCCCAGGGAAUUUUUCAUCAGCGGGGAAGUCUCCAUCACUACAGAGGAAUCAAGGGAGAAGUCAGUCCCUGACUGGUGUUUCAUCUUGACGAGUUCUCUGUCAGUCCGUAGGAAAGCUGUCUGGCUUGGAGGUUGCAAUCCCAGGGAAUUUUUCAUCAGCGGGGAAGUCUCCAUCACUACAGAGGAAUCAAGGGAGAAGUCAGUCCCUGACUGGUGUUUCAUCUUGACAAGCUCUCUGUUAUUCCAUAGGAAAGCUGUCUGGCUUGGAGGUUGCAAUCCCAGGGAAUUUUUCAUCACCAGGGAAGUCUCCAUCACUACAGAGGGAUCAAGGGAGAAGUCAGUCCCUGACUGGUGUUUCAUCUUGACAAGCUCUCUGUUAUUCCAUAGGAAAGCUGUCUGGCUUGGAGGUUGCAAUCCCAGGGAAUUUUUCAUCACCAGGGAAGUCUCCAUCACUACAGAGGGAUCAAGGGAGAAGUCAGUCCCUGACUGGUGUUUCAUCUUGACAAGCUCUCUGUUAUUCCAUAGGAAAGCUGUCUGGCUUGGAGGUUGCAAUCCCAGGGAAUUUUUCAUCACCAGGGAAGUCUCCAUCACUACAGAGGGAUCAAGGGAGAAGUCAGUCCCUGACUGGUGUUUCAUCUUGACAAGCUCUCUGUUAUUCCAUAGGAAAGCUGUCUGGCUUGGAGGUUGCAAUCCCAGGGAAUUUUUCAUCACCAGGGAAGUCUCCAUCACUACAGAGGGAUCAAGGGAGAAGUCAGUCCCUGACUGGUGUUUCAUCUUGACAAGCUCUCUGUUAUUCCAUAGGAAAGCUGUCUGGCUUGGAGGUUGCAAUCCCAGGGAAUUUUUCAUCACCAGGGAAGUCUCCAUCACUACAGAGGGAUCAAGGGAGAAGUCAGUCCCUGACUGGUGUUUCAUCUUGACAAGCUCUCUGUUAUUCCAUAGGAAAGCUGUCUGGCUUGGAGGUUGCAAUCCCAGGGAAUUUUUCAUCACCAGGGAAGUCUCCAUCACUACAGAGGGAUCAAGGGAGAAGUCAGUCCCUGACUGGUGUUUCAUCUUGACAAGCUCUCUGUUAUUCCAUAGGAAAGCUGUCUGGCUUGGAGGUUGCAAUCCCAGGGAAUUUUUCAUCACCAGGGAAGUCUCCAUCACUACAGAGGGAUCAAGGGAGAAGUCAGUCCCUGACAGACUUCUUGGUGUCCACUGUACCCAUGGUUUCAACAGGACUGGCUACCUCAUGUGCAGAUAUUUGAUUGAUGUAGAAGGCAUGUGGCCAGAUGAUGCAAUUGAAUACUGGUGUUUUAUCUUUACAAGUUCUCCGUCAUUCCAUAAGAAAGCUGCUCGUCUUCUGGUUUCAUAAGAGAUGGUGAACAGUGCCUAGGGCUUCCCUGGUGGCGCAGUGGUUGAGAAUCUGCCUGCCAAUGCAGGGGACACGGGUUCGAGCCCUGGUCUGGGAGGAUCCCACAUGCCGCGGAGCAACUAGGCCCGUGAGCCACAACUACUGAGCCUGCGCGUCUGGAGCCUGUGCCCCGCAACAAGACAGGCCGCGACAGUGAAAAGCCCGCACACCGCGAUGAAGAGUGGCCCCCGCGUGCCACAACUAGAGAAAGCCCUCGCGUAGAAACAAAGACCCAACGUAGCCCAAAAAAUAAAAUAAAUAAAUAAAUAAAAUCCAGCCAUUCAUAUUAAAAAAAAAGAAAAGGAAAAAAAAUAUAUAUAUAUCAGCCUAAAGUUGCAUACAGUAAUCUUUUUUAAAAAAACACUUCUUUGACUGUGGUUAUACCCUUCCAUACUAUUAGUGUUGAUCCUUUUCCUAAUGGUCAGAAUAACCAGAGAUUUGGUCUAUUUUUUUUUUUUUUGAAAGAACCAGAUCUUGGUUAAAUCGAUCAAUUCUGGGGACUGAUUUAUAGAAUGCUUAUUUCAAUUAUUUCCUAGUUGAGUUUGUUGAACUAAAAUAUCAUUGAAGGCUAUACGUUUUCCUCUCAUAGAUUUAGUCACAUCCCGUAAGUUUUGGAUAUGUGCUUUUACUGUCAUUAAUGAAAAAAUUUCUAUAAUCUCAAUUUUUAGUUCUCCUGUAGCCCAAAAGCUUAGAAUGUUUUAAAAUGUUUAUUUAAGGAAAAAGUUAUAGUUGUUAAAUUCCAACCUUAUUGUACUGUGGUUAGAGAAUAUAAGCUUAGCUAGAAAUGUUCUACUUUGCGGAUUUAUCAACAUUUUGCCUAAAUGUACAGUUAAUUUUUGUAAAUAUUCCGUGGGCAUUUGGAACAACUGGUGGAUGCUGUGUUUUGGGAAUAAAGUUUUCUAUAGAUACUUUAAAUCAAACUUCUUAAUAUUGCUAUUAAAAUCUUCCAUAUCUUUUAUCUGUUAUAUGUCAAAAUCUGAUAAAAACAAUGAAAAUAUCCCAUUCUUGUACUUUUGUCACGUUGUAUAUUGUAAUUAUGUCUGGAUGAACAUAUGAAUGCACUCUGGUUGAAAGCACAGCAGUAAUUUUGGAAGUGUCUGAAAGACUCUUUCUUCCCUUGGAAAUUACGGAGUGGAGAUAGGGUAGAUUCUCAAGACAAGUAACAUUUAAUUAGAAAUGACCCCCAAACCCUACCUUUCCAUGGUAUAGAAACUUGUAUUUCUAAUCCGGAAAAACUAUAAAUUAUUGGCAGAAAGGUGGAAGUAUAGGAAUUUUCAUGCAUUGCAGGUAGGAAUAUAGACUGGAAAUUAAUUUGGUACUAAUGUAGAAAAUUAAGUAUACAUAUAGCUUAUGAUCCAAGAUUUCCACUUCUGGGUCUGUGCAACAAAGGUAGUCUCACAAGGUCCAUACGGCAAUAUGGACAAGGAUGUGCACUGCUGGUGUUUUGCCUUGUUGGGAAUUGACGGCGACCUGGGUGUCCAUUACAGGGAAAGUGCAUAGGUAAAUUGGUAGAUGCGCUCCAUGGAGUACUAUGCAGUGAUCAGAAACCUGAAUUAGAUGUAUGUAUAGCAAUGUGAUGAAUCUUAAAAAUACAAGCUUAGUGAAAAUAACAAAAAUAAUGACAUACCUUUUAUAUAAAUUGAAAAUACAUGACAACACAGAAUACAUAUUUUGUAAGAACUCUUGUAAGCCAAAAGAUAUUUACAUAACAAGGCCAGUUCCGACGGGAGGACAGGAACGAGGAUGGGAUAUGGGAAUGAAAUUUUAAAAAGAGAGGCCAUGAACCUAGGAGUGUACUUAACUCAACUCUUGGCAGCUGAAGUUAAAAAAAAUUUUUUAACUUUAUCUUGGCAUAGAAACUGCGUACUAAUUCUAUGCUUUCGCUCUGCUUCUAGAAGGAUUUGUUAUGACUAGAUUGGAGGUUCAAACAGGUACUUUAGGCAGAAACUAGAACACAAUGAAAAGCUUGAGAAUUCUCUCUUCCAGCUCAUAACUAACGUUUUAUGUUUGAUCAGUCUGGCUGAGGUCACUUUUUAAUUAAUGUCACAAAGAAAUUUUUAUGGUUUCAUAGUAGAAAAGAUGUGCUUCUUGUUUUAAAAAAACAUGAAAAAUUAAAAAAGUAUAAUCCCAUAAUCUUAAAAUAAUCUGCUAAUAUUUAAUUUUGAUCCAGUCAUAUAAAUACAUGUAAAUAUUAUAUCUUGCUUUUUACCUCUUAGCAUAUAAUGAAAUUUAUCCUUGGGUUCCAAGAUACUGCUUUGGACUGUUGUUUCUCUCCAUAUAUGUGUGAUUGUGAAGAGUGAUACGAAAUUAGCCUGUUGUAUAAAAAUGUAAGAAACACUGGUAAACAUUUAAUUAAAUAUUACUAAAGCUCUCAUUUUAUUCUCUCAUGGAGGUCUCUUUGUUUGGUAGGUAGUUUGUGUUGUUCAUUUGCCCCACUGCUGAAAACGUGGGCAACUGGAAAUAAUGAGAGGUCAAAAAUACAGAGAAAGUAUUCAUCUUCAGCUUUUUCUCUGUAAACAAAAACUGAUAAAUAUGGCUUCUUUUGUACUGACAGUAGUAAACUAUCCCUUUUCUUUGAUCCCAGUAUACACCCAGACAUUGAGAGAAAACGAUGGGAAAGGGAGGGGGAAAGAAAGAAAAAACAGGGAGAGAGAGAAAGAGCACAGAGACAAACACAGCAGGAACAUGAGAGAAGGAGAGGAGAAAAGGAGUAACCAGAAGAACAAGAGAGAUACACAGCAGAGACAGUGAGACAAGAGACAGCAUGGGGUAGGGUGGAGGAGAGCACAAGUGCACAGAAUGCGGGUGCACAGAGGCAGAGAGAAAGAACACAGAAGCAGACAGGGUGCAAAGACACUGUAAUAAGAGAAAAGCAUGAACUAUAGAGCCUGGGGACAGCCUGCAUAGACACAGCAGAGAGAGGCACAGAAAGAAUGAGUCAAAGAAAGAGUAGGUGUAAUCAAAGGAAGAAGGGAAGAACAAGCAGGCAGUUGCACUUAUUCCCUUAUAUUCACUCUUAACCCCUCAAAUGUACAUGUCCUGGGUACACAUGUUCAGGGAAAAAAAGCAUUAGCAUAUCUAAGGAAACCUGGGUUAAAGAUAAGAUAGGCAGUUCAAAAAAGAAGAAAUACGGUCGAUCAACACACAAAAGAAACUAAAAACUCCAUGUGAUUAAAGAAACGUGGAUCAGGAUAGAUACCAUAUUUCUGGCCUAUGUGGCAAGUAUUAACAGGAAUGCUGUUGGCAGGUAUUGACCAAAAUAUUAUUGCACAUUACUGGUGAACAAAUAAUUGAAUCAACAUUUCAGAAGGACAAUUUAGUAGUGUGGCUUAAACAUUUUUAAUGUGCCUACUUGGUAACCCAGAAAUUCCACGUUUAGAAAUGUUUCUCAAGGAAAUGGAAAAAUUCAGAAAGAUGUAACAAGACUACCCAUCGAAGUGCAGAUUAUGAUCAAGAAAAUUCCAAAAAAAACUUAAAUAUCUGUCAUUAGGAACUAACUAAAUAUUAUAUUUAUACAAUGGAACCCAUAAAGCUAUUAACGAUGACUACAUAAAUCUUUAUUUACUGCAUAGAAAGAUGUCUAUGAUAUACUAAGUGCAGAGCUUCAAAACAAUAUACAUAGUAUGAUUUCAUUUUUUUGGACUGUUGUUUCUCUCCGUAUAUGAACAUGAUUGUGAAGACUGGUAUGAAAUUGGCCUGUUUUAUAAAAGUGUAAGAAACACUGGUAACAUUUAAUUAAACAUUAAUAAAGCUCUCAUUUUAUGCUCU